CCCAGUAUGUGCGUUUGUGAGAUUUUGAGUAGUAAUUUCCAUUCAAUAUGCUAUAUAUCUGAUUAUCGACCGCAGGAGGAGCAGUCGAACUAUUUGUGGUUGUGUUAGAAAGUGCACGUGGGGAAAUGAGAAAUCAUUUUUUUAUUGUUUUGGUAUUAAUGUAUAACGACAGGAUAAAGAACAAUUUUGAAGGAUUUAAAUCAGCGUAAAUGUUUAUUGUUAAAUAAUGGUGGAAGUGAAGUUGAUGAAAUUCGCAUGACUGCAUGUUAAGCAGAAGAACAGACGGUCACUGCAGCACUCCAGAAGUCAAUCGAAAUACCUGUAUACAGAAGACAUCGAAAUCACGGAAAAAAGUGACAGUGAGGAGGAAAAUAUUCAACUGCCAGCAGGAAGAAGUUUUCUGAGUGUGACAUAAGGAUGAACCGGAAUAACAAUAUAUCCAAACUUUCUUUAGAAAGUGAAGAUGAAGAAGAUGACCAUGUUGCAGGAAGUGAAGUGUUUCAUUUCAAAACAACAAAAAAGUCAGGAAGCAUGGCUCAAAAAGCAUCUGAAGCAAGAACACCAAAAACUUCAAAAUCUAUACUUAAGAACAGCAGCUCUGUCUUGGAGAGGGAAGAAUCAGGAAGUGUCACCCCACGAAGAGGAGAGGGGACUCCUAGGAAAAGUACCCGAGUGAAAACGGAAAAAAAGGGGAGGAAACCAGAGGCCACCACACCAUUUAAACUCAGGGAAAGGGCGGAGUAUAUUUGUGACGAUAUUGAUGUGGGCUCUAGUGAUACUGACAGUGACGAGGAGGAAAGUGACCCAGAGACCUCAACAACCAGAGUCCCCCCAACCACUCCUAGAUCCAGAAGAAAGAUCCAGGAGGCUGCUGAUAUGCCCCACAUGGUGGAAGAAUACUUUGAGUUACAUUCACAAGGCGGGGUAUCAGUAACGUCUGACAGGACUCUAGCCAAAUUAGGUGCCGGGAAAAUGGACCAAGAUUCUCUGAAUGAACUCCUUAAAGGAGUCCCCAGCAAACACAGUACUGAAUGUCAACAGAUGUACCAAGAACACAGAGAACUGUUUUCCAAAUGGAUGUUUCACAUAUGCAAUGGGUACAAUAUACUGUUACAUGGCCUGGGCUCCAAGAGAACUCUUAUGGAAGACUUUAGGAAGUCAGAACUGAAAGAUUUAGAUCAGGUUGUUGUCAAUGGCUAUUUCCCAAGUCUCACUAUCAAACACAUUUUGAAUACGAUAACAGAUGAAAUAUUGCAAGCAGAAAGCAGCUAUAAAAGUCCACUGGAUCAAUUUGACUUCAUUAAAUCACAGUUUGAGAUGAAAGAUUAUAGAGAUUUCUUCCUCAUUAUUCACAACAUAGACGGGGUCAUGUUGCGUCCGGAAAAAGUACAAAAUAUCCUGAGUUUAUUGAGCCAGAUUAGGGGAUUCCACAUUGUAGCAUCCAUUGACCACAUUAAUGCUCCACUCAUAUGGGACCAUACAAAAUGCAGUCGAUACCGCUGGUUAUGGUAUGACGUGACCACUUACUUGCCAUACAAGGAUGAAACCUCUUAUGAGAACUCACUGUUGGUACAACAGACCGGGUCUCUGGCUCUCAGCUCUAUGUCCCAUGUAAUGAAAAGCUUGACCACUAAUGCAAAACAGAUAUUCUUGUUGCUGGCCAAACAUCAGAUUGAGAACAAGGAUAGUAGUACUUACAUAGGUAUGUCCUUACAAGAUUUGUACCAGAGGUGCAGGGAGUCUUUCCUCGUGAACAGCGAUUUAACACUGCGUGCUCAAUUAAUUGAAUUCAGGGAUCACAAGCUGAUAAAGUCCAAAAAGGGCUUCGAGGGAAUAGAAUACCUUUUAAUCCCAGUGGACAGUGCCACACUGACAGAGUUCAUAGAUCAGCAUGAAAGUAGUGUUUAACAAGAAGUUAUAUUUAGAAACACGGUCUUGUUGGAAAACCAUAAUAGGGUUACUGUGCCUAAUUUUGGUGCUAUUCAAAUCCAUUAAUUUACUGGAAAUACCUGUACCUGCUUUGUUACAUAUGUAUGAAUUACUGUUGAAAUAUAUUUAUUUUGUCUCAUGGAUUUGAAAAUAAAAUGAUGCAGGUCUGUA